CAAGCGAAAUUUCGCAGCAACAUGAUUCGCCUACGCGACCCGACAGCGAGCGGUUCCCAGGGAAUCCCCAUCAAGAAGGACCUCUGAGGAGUCCGCCUACUAUUUCCUCAUCGGGAAAUGAUGAGCACAAUACCAAUGCAGCGAGGACAGGCGUGGGUGUCGCGUCAAACGUACAUGCUGCUGCACCAGAACCACUGCCUGCUUUGUCCGACGCCUUCGAGUCUCUUUCCAUCCCAGCUUCUUUAGUAACGCAGCCGUCGUAUGAGGACAGCACCGGUCUUCCAGCAGCUAACGCGGCUGCUAUGGCGGCUGUCAACCCGUCAAGCCUAUUGGCGGGUCUAGAACGACUUUGGCGGUUAUUCAGCCUCAUCACCAACAGACAUGGACAGCCGCAGGCUGCGUCGGAAGCACUGGGGCUAGCAGAAGGAGAGCGUCUCUUCACUGCAGGGUCAUCACAGUCGUUCACGCCUCUCGGAAGGUUGAAUGAAAGUAGUGAAAUACCACUUGGUGCGAUGGGAGCACUUACCCUAUGUGGUGUACCCUGUCAGCGUUCCGCACUGCGUCAGCCUACGUCAGAUCCGCCUGCCAACACAGUUCCGAAUGAGACGCAUGGCGCUCACAGUUCACGGGAGGGAAACAGAAGCGGCGCCUCCGAAGCACAGAAAGACGGUGCGCUUUCUCCGCAGCAGGCGACAGAGGACAACGCUCGGGACGCCACUGCGAACGCACGAAGGCGCGUCGCAGGCCCGAGUUUGGAACGCUUGGUUGGCGCACAUACACGAAGGAUGACUCUCGGCCAGCAAAACCAAGCAAGCAUACGAGUGCGCGUGCUUCCAGACCUCGAAGUCUUGGAACAAGGGCCCUGCCGCCUUACGCUAAUGCUUGCCAAUGACGAAGCCGGAGCGCCGGAAGGAACACGUCAUCUUGCCGAAUGGGAAACGUUCACAAGGGCGCUGCUGGCUCUUCACAUUUGUAUUCACCGCUUGACCCUGAGAGUCUCAGCAGUCUCCCAUUCUCCCAGACACUUCUACCGGGGCUUCAGUUUGCGAGACGGAACCGCAGUGAUUGACGUUGAAGUCUCUGCAUUUCGUGACCCGUGGAUAGACUUUGUGUUACCGCAUUUGCGUAAUCUAUGUCGACCAAGGAUUGUUGAACAGGGCCGUAUAUGCUUUCAAGACAUCGCUCUGCUAAAUCUUGACGUCCGAGGACAGGAGAUGUUACGUGAAUUGCUCCGGAUGGAUGUUCGUCUCGAAUUGGACAUUGAGAAUAGGAACCUCGCAAGAACAUUGGAUGCUAUCAGGGACAUGCCCUUUCUGCACAACCUAGAAAUACACCUCAACAACGCUGGCACUGGACCAUGGGAGCCUCGAGAAAUCUUGCUGAACUUGACGCAACGCUGUUGCACUGACCUUCGGAGAUGGAGGUACGAGGUCGACGCAGGCUACGCCCCCUUCCUGCGCUGCCACUGCAACCAUCGUGGCAUAUGCACAACGUCCGGUGUUGAGACAAGCAUAUUACCGACACUCUGCGCCCGUCGCGAGCUGACAUGUUCCACAGGUGGCUUGGUGCCGUACAUAAUUUGUGUUACGCACCAUGCAAGGCUUGGUAGCAAUAUUGUGCAUGUGCUUUCCAGAGUUUGCAUGCCUGACGAAGAUGAUCAGCGUCAGUAGAUUUGAGUAAUCAGGAGAGGGUUUAGAUGAACUGCAAAAGAUUUUGGAAUGUUAACGGCAAUUUCUUGUAGACGUAAAGGAUGCCGUUCUCGCCAUUGUAGGACGCUGACAGCUGAUCUAAGAAUGUGCCUGAGAGCAGAUACGUCAGCAAGUUAUGUUUGUUCCAAGAGAGCAUUUUUUAUACUUGACAAACUGGCAUUUAUUUUGCAUUAGAGGCAUGCGAAAAUGCAGGGACUCUAUCCACCUUUCGAAAUACAUUUUUGCUUGUGACAGGGCUAACAUUCGAAAUUAGUCACGCCGCUUGCGUGAAGCAAUGGUGAGCCUAACACAACAGAGAGUAAUCAUUGGAUGCCAGAUGAAAGCACUUCUAAAAGUAUGUCGUCGGGUUAUGUGUAAUUGUUUCAGCAGAUGCGUUUGUGCAGUCACGGCUUGUUUAAAUCGAAACGGCGUCUAGGAAUGUCAGAAUCUUUUGAAAUGCUUUAACAGCCGAUAUACAAACUGCCAAAUCUAAACACAGAAGCGUCUUUGGAGUAGUAACUGAGGUCCUUUCAUGAUAAGAGUACGGAACGCCUCAUUAUAGACAAUGAAAGAGUAGACGUAUUUUAAUACUCGUAUGGCUGCGAUUUCCAUCUCAUUGAGGCCACACUUGAAUCAUAUAGUGGAGAGACUACGCUGUAACGAAGGGUCGAUGGUGUUGCUGUACGACAGAGCAAAUGGGCGACAUACGCGCAGGACAAUGGGCACUAUGAAAAACCCAAAUCGCAAUGGUAUUAGUCUAAAAUAACUCCAAUAAGCUAUAUUGAUGUCGCAAUGAUGUCCCUCAGGAUUGAUGCUUAGCCAAAGCAGCUACACGGACAAGGUAAUUAAAUCAUUGCGCGCUCCAUGGAGUUCGUAUAUAUGCAUUCAUACGU